AUGUCUUAUCUUCAUUUGGCAUCAGCUGCCAAUUCAUCUUCAUCAUCGACGCCGUCGUCUUAUUUACAUGUGAAUAGUAAUGGUGGAGUAUCAACGGUACCAUCGACAAUUGGUUCGAAUUCGUCAUCUCUAUUUGGUUCAGUUGGUGGUGGAAAACAAUGGACAACUAUUGGACAACCAUCUUCAUCACCAUCAUCAUCAACCUCAUCAUCACUAGCACAACAAUUAUUAAUGAAACAGCAACAACAUCUUCUUAAUAAUCAACAAACAAAUUCAUUAAGUUCAUCAUCGUCAUCAACAUCACAUUUUGAGAAUAUUCUUGGACUAACUAUGGCAUCGGCAUUAUCUUCUCAAACACAAAUUGAAAAAAAUUUUGAAUUACAACAAGAAGAUUUUCCUCCAUUACCACAUCGAAGUAAUUCUCAUGAACCAUCAUCGUCAUCAUCUACGAAUGUUCCACCACUAUAUCAAAGUCAAUAUUCAUCAACCCCAUCAUCAUCAUCAAAUCAUCAUCAACCAAUAACUAAUGGAUAUAGUUCAUCUCAACAACAACAACAGCAACAUUCUCAAUCACAAUCACCAAUAUCAUUUAAAACAUCAAUUGAUGCCUUAAGUACAUUAAUUAGUCGACAUCAACCUUCUGUUAAUAAUAAAACAUCAUCAUUAACAAAUAAUUCAACAUCUUCGUCUUUAACAACAACAGGAACAACACCAAAUUCACAACAAGUGUCAAAUACAUCAACAACAUCGAAUACCAAUGGUCUACCAUCAUCAACAAUUACUGAUCAAUAUGGUCUUGUUGGUCUUUUACAAAUAAUUCAACAAGCAGAAAAAAAUCCUGAGACAUCAACGUUACUAAAUUGUGAUCUGACUACACUCGGACUCAGUAUGGAAAGUCAAAAUGAUUUAUAUCCAUCAUUUCUAUCUCCAUUCUCUGAUAAUCAAGCUAGACCAUAUGAAAUUGAUUAUCAAGUACCAUUUGAAUAUCAAAUGGGAAUGCAAAUACGUGACAAAUUACCUUCACUUAAUUAUGGUACAUUAAAUGAAGAUACAUUAUUUUUUUUAUUUUAUUUAUUUGGUAAUGAUCAUGUGCAAUUAUUAGCAGCCGCAGAAUUAUAUCGACGAGAUUGGCGCUAUCAUAAAGAAGAACGUCAAUGGUUAACACGAAUAAAAAAUAUAAUGCCUGAUCAAAAAUAUGAUUCAUAUGAAAUAGGUGUUUAUUGUGUAUUUGAUGUUCAACUUUGGCGUAAAACACAUAAAACUAUGCGAAUUGAUUAUGAUAAAUUAGAUGUAAAUCCUGCAGCAAAACAACAACAACAAGAAUUAAUUGCAUCAAAAAUUCUUCAACAACAAUCGUCUACACAACAACAAUAUGCGCCUGUAUCAUCUUAUAAUUUAAAUUCUACGAGAUAG